CGACUGGGGUCGUACAGUUCCUGGAAGAAACAAAACAAAACAAACAUACGAGCAGCUGACGGGGGUUAUCGCGUGACACUCGCUCCAAGGAGCUCAAAUCGUAUUUCUAUAAAGUAAACUACUAUAUAUGGAAGACACAGAGCCUCGGGAGGAAACAACUGGCAAGUAAACAAAGCGUAUCGUUAGCCUAGCUGAGUGUUUUCACAGGGCUGUUUCGUUUCUAGGGAAAUGUAACCUCUGGACACGCAGUGUUUAUUUUAAGACAAGCAUUGGCAUCAUUGGCAUUGUUAUCACGCUUUAUCGAAUUUUGUGAACGCUGAGGUGUAAAAGAGCGUUGUGUUCACUCAGUGAGUGUUUUUGUUUUGACAGCCAGCAGGUGUUUAUCACAGGCUGGUGCUCUGGCUGCUCGGGUUUAUCUACUAAACAUACAUGACGUUCAUGUGUCGCUGUGAUCUGAGCUGAUAUGACCAGGGACUUAAAAUGGAGGCUGUGAGACCAAAGAAGAGCAAAGGAAAAACCAGCGAAAAAUCUCAGUCGGUUAGGAAGCAGAAGCAGAAGCAGGUAGAGGAGAACAAAAGGAUCAUAGCUCCCUCGGCUGUCUGUGAUGAGGCCCCCACCUCAGACUUCAGUGACAUCUCCCUCAGUCUGCCUGUGCUUCCUGCUGAGGAGCACAAGGAAGAGCACAAGGGGGAGCACCAGGACUCUGUUUCAACCUCUGAGACCACAGCACCGCCACUGCAACCUCCUUCAGAGAAGCAACAGACCUCAUCAAUAGAAACUUUAUGCACACCAGGGUUAACUAAGACUCUACAGUCAAGUCUGAAUUUGUCAACAGUGACACCACAAGUUGCAGUUCACCCAAAAGAGGAUGAGGAUGGUGGGCUGGAACCUCAGGGGACUAAAGUCGUGGUUGAACCACAAACCACAGAGUUGGAAAAAGACAUGCAGUUGUGGAAUCAGCCGUUUAUUACACCUCAGUUUGAGGUCCCAAGUGCCCCAGCAUUGUACCCAUCUCUCCCUACACUGGAGGAGGGUCUUGUUGUACAGUUCUGUGGCAAAACUGUGAAAAAUGGUGCAAAAGAACCUGCUGUCUUAGCACUUCCUGAGCAGGAAUCUUCUCCUCCGAGUUUGCAACCCCUGGAGUAUGUAGCGGAGCUUUCAACGAGUAAACUGUACCCAGCAUUACCUAAAACAGCUCCAGAGAUGCAGGCGUUCACACUGGAACAGCUGAGUGUCUGGGAGCCAGGUGGAGGGUUACAAUCAUGGCUGGAAAGUGUCGAGGUCUGUGCUGCCCAGUUCUGUGCUCUGGUCCGGCAGGAGAACCAUGAAUUGACUGAACUGCUGCAGAACUACUGGCGCUGCCGGAGACAGCUGACCCAGUCCCACACACAGUUGCACACACAAUCGUCUGAGUGCAAGAGCACACAGAACCGCCUCUGGACCUUCAGAGAUGAACAGCUCACACUACAAGGUGUGUGUGCAGACCAGUCUAAGGUAUGUGGAUACCAUCGUUUCCAGCAGGCAGAGUUAAGUGAGGCUGUUUUGGUUGAGCUACGGAAACUACUUGAAGCCUGCAGUGAGCUCCUCCAUCAGAAGGUGGUGCUGCAUGCGUACACUGCUCUGCUGUCGCGACUGCAAGUUGAAUCAUACUUGCAUCGCCUAUUAAAAGAUUGUUCUGGCAACCAAACACAGCCUUCUUCUCUCCAACCUCUGAAAGAGGCAAUCAGUGUCUUGUUUAGCUUUACACGUCGAGUCCUUGAUGACACACAGUUCCAGACAGAUGUCCACCUCUGGCUGGAGAGAUUGGUUGCCGUCCUGAUGCACAUUGGAGGGUCAGAAGAGCACCUUUACCUGCUGUGCCAUCUUUUAUGCUGUCCGGCUGGGGUGGGGAAGUGGGCUGCACCUUUCCUUCAGAUUCAAGUUUGGGGGAACACCUCUGGAGUGCAACAUUUUAUGCAAGCACUAUCCAUUUUAAUGUCACCUGCCAGACAUCGUGCAGAGUUCCUGGGUCACAUGAAGCCGUGUGAGAGCCAGAGCUCUUCAGCCUCAGGGCCAGAGUCUGGCAACUGGACCCUUGUUGAUGAAGGUGGAGAGGAGGACGAGGACCCAGACAGCAGCUGGCUUCUGCUCUGUGAAGAGGAUUUGAUCUUGCUGCUGACCCAGUUCCCGUUCCAGCAGCUCUACUCACAGAUGCUGGGGAUGAGUAAGCAAGGUGUGUAUGAGCCCAAAGUCUGCUCCAGUCAGAAGAUGAUGCGCAUCUUUGCCUUUGCCUCUUCACUCAUUGAAGUUCUUGCUCUCGGCCUGCAAACGUAUAAUAGAGCACGGUACAGACAGCUGGUCAAGCGGAUAGGACACAUCAUAAGGGUGACAGUGUGCUAUGUCAGCGAUCACUGGGCCCAGUAUGUGAGUGUGGCUAAUUUGGGUGGAUCCACCUCUUAUCUACACUCUCUGUCUCUUGAAAAACUCCAGCUGGAAUAUGACCAUCUCUUCCUCAGAGCUGUUUUACAUGUACUCAGAAACAAAAGGUUGGGUAUUUGGCUGUUUAUGUCUGAGAUGCCGUAUGGGACUUUGUCUAGCUCUAUGCUGUGGAAAGUCCUUCACGUUAUGCAGUGUGCAGAAACAGCAGGACUAGAAACGCUCAGCACUGCAGGAGAUACACAGUCCUGCAUUCAAGCUCUCAGAGACCCAAAGCAGCAGGAGAGAUUUGAGCAGUGGCUGUGUGAGGUAAACAGCUCUGAUGGCAUCUCCCUCCUCACGGCACUAGCACACAUGGCAACACCAACUCAGCACUCUGAUCCUGCAUUCAUCACUACUAUAACCCUGCUGAUUUACCAGGUGUCCUAUGUGAGUGUGUCGACCAGAGAAACUUAUUCCAAGGUGGGGAGGGAGUUGCUGGCUGCCAUUGCGAUGGUCCAUCCCUAUGUUAUGUCUGUACUCUUGGAGAGACUGAGAGAGACCAUACAGUCUGUAGGAAUGGUGGCGUUGUAUUUGUGUAAAGAGCUGCCUCUGAGUCUGUGGCAGCCACAGCCGGAGGAAAUCUGUGUGAUUGGGGCCUGGUUGCUCCAGCACCCCCUGUCGGCAGUGGAGAACCGGCUGGCCUGUGUCAUCCUGGAGGGUCUCAAUUGGGGUUACACACAGGACGGCUCUUUAGCGAUGUCAUCAUGCCUUCACAGAGAGGUGGCUCUGCUGGUAGCUGAAGCCUAUCAGAAGUACCUCACAGACAAGCCCUAUAGUGGCCUCCUGUCUGAGGGAAUCAAACAGGUAUCUUACCUUGCCAGUGUCCUUCGUUUGGGUGUAUCUCCUGAGGCAUCCUUUAGUCAGUGGGCUUGGCAGCUGUUGCUAAGGCUGAAGCUCCAUGGUAAUGCCCAGAACCCUAAAGGAGCCUGGGAAGUGCCUGCUUUGGCAUCCAGCCCCCCUGCAGACCUUACACAUGCCCCUAGCAUGCACUCUGUUCUCAGGGCUGUAAAAGCAGGCCUCUCAAUUGGAUGCUACCUGUCCAUUGCCAUGACAACAGUGGGACAUAGUCUGGAAAACCUUUGUACGGAAGGAGUUGAACUGUUUAAAAGUCUGAUUCAGUCUCACCACCUGUUAGCUGCUGUACAUCUGCUGGAUAACAUCCUACCACCCACCUACCACCUCAGUUUUUACCUGCUCAACAACUCUCAGUUUGUGAGCUGCAUCCAGUUAUUCUUGCAGAAUGACAGCGUGUGUCCUCAAAGUGUCACACAGCAGGUCACACAUCGAGUGGCACCACUCCUCACCGGAACUACCUACGGAGACAAUGUCCGUCUGCUGAAUAGUGUAAUUCAGGGUCACAUAGUGGAAAGCUCACGGCCUGGUCGUGUGGGCACUGCAGCAGUUCUGGAGUUUUGGGUGGGAAUUCUGACUCAGCAGAACUUGUGGUACAGAGACAAAACAGUUCUGUUCAUCAUGGAUCAGAUCUGCUGUGCUGCCUUCACUCACCACCAGGAGGAAUGCGUGCAAAAACUCCUGUACCAGCAGCAUAAGAAUGCCUUGGGUUGCCACGGAGAUCGGGGUGUGCUGUCCUCUCUGGUUGGCUGGAUUGCUGGUCAUGCCACACCUUCCUUUAUAGAGGGCCAGUCCCUGAGUGCAGAGGUUUGGUUUGCCUGGCUGGUGCUCAAUAUGGAGGGCCUGAUUGAGGAAGAAUCUCAGCUAAGGCGCUGUGUUGAGAAUGAACUUCUGUCAGAGCACAUUUCCCCAGAUCAAGCUUUAAAGAAGGCACAACAGAGGCUGAAGCUGCCAGUAGCACCAUCUCUGCAGCGUCUGCAGGUGUAUCGCUGGGCAUGUCAGGCCAUAGCCACACCACCUGAUCACCCCCUCCUUCCCAUCAUCUGGCAGAAGUUCCUACAGCUCUACCUCAGGCAGCCUGGACCCGAGUAUGGGCUCGCUGCAGGAGGAUGUAUUGGCCGUAAGUUCUUCCAGUCGUCUUCUCAGACCACUUUACUCAGAGAUCUGAGGCAGAGAAUACAAGAGGUGUCGGACUUUCACCAUGCUGCCAGCCAGGCGCUCAGGGUGCCCCCACCACACACUCCCUCAUCAGACUCACAGGGUGAAGAAAGUCCUGAUAAUCCCCAACAACCUUACCUCACUUCUCCUCAGCUGCACACGGAAUUAGUGAGGUUGUUUGGCAUGUUUGCUUUGUGGAUGGAUGAUGAGACUCUGCAGAACCAGGAAGUGUACCUUCCUUCUCUCCCUCCAGAGUAUGAAGCUCACAGACUGGCACAGGUCAUGCAGCAGCAGCAGGUUCUGUGGCUGGAGUAUGUGGACCAGGAGCGUGUUCAGUAUGAUAAGAGAGAGGUCUUAUCUCUGUGGGAGAAGGCGCAGAGUGAGCCAACUUUCCUGCAGACCCAGAACCAGGGCUUCACUGACCGCACCAGUCUCAGCAGUGCAAGGGAGCGUAUCCUGUCCAACCUGGAGAAACAUCCAGUUCCCCGUCCGCCUCCGGAGCUACAGCAGCUGAAAGCUCCAGUGCCAGUUGUUCCGGUCACCUGUCUCACUGACCCCAAGGCUGCUGCUGAGCUGUUACAGAAGGACCUCUGCAUUUUACAAGACCAAGCCAGGAUUGCAGUUGCAUGGGAAGCCCAGCAGGUGGCAAUGGAGCAGGAACUGCUGGAGAAUCUUCCUUUACUUUUCAAGAACCAGCCUGAGCAAGUCAGUAUGGCUCUGGAGUGUAAAGGAAAGGGAGGACAGCCAUGCCAGGGACCAGCAAACAUCUCUGUCACAUGUGAGCGUGUCCAGAGGCAGGAGGCAGUACACAAUCAGAUUACAUCGCUGAGCAGGGACAUCAAGAAGCUUCGAACCGAUGCUAUGGCUCCCCCACCUCAAAGCCUGGCCCAGGCUGCUGUCCACACUGAGAACUUUAUCACGGCUCUCGUGAAUCAGUACAAAGCGCAAAAGUCUCUGGUGGUGCAGCAAGUUGGUGUGACAGUCUUUUACGAGGUGGUCUCUUUUGUGUGUGAGGACACACUGCGACAUCCCCCGACACGGCAGUAUCUCUCAUCGUGUGUGGAGAUACUAGGACAGGUUUUUAUCCAAGGAAAUGCAGAAGAGUGUGGUCGUGUCCUAAAAACCAUCCUGGAGCAUAGACGUCUCUGUCCGCUCAUUUCCCCUUUCUUCACGCCCAGUGCAGCACCCAAUCAGCUUGUCUUCCUCUACCAAGAAGUGGUGACGUCCCUCCACCUUGAUAGUGCUGAUGUCGUCUUCAUGCUACUCACUAAGUUUGACUUGUCCCAGUGGCUGACUGAAGCCAAUCCUGUGUUUGCGGAGAGAACUCGCCUGCUGGAGUUGAUCCACGGAGCUCUCUGUGUCUGUGGCCAAGACCCCGAGUCUGAACUUCUCACACCUUUUCACCUCUUCACUAAACACUGGACCUGGGUUGUACGGCACCAUUUCCCAGACCAUUACAGCGAUUGCCUACGUCUGCUCAUGACCAGUUCAUCCAACCAGUUGCUGAGUCCAGAGUGCUGGAAAGUGACCCUGCGAGUGCUUGGGUGCUUACCUCCAUCCCGCAGCACCAAAAACAAAGCUGAACAGUCCGCCAGAUCCCCCAUCAGCCUCUCUCCUCAGCAGGUGGAUGAGACGGUCGAUUGGUUGAGUGACUACUUCUUGCGAAGUCGUCUCACUAAGCCAGACCUCCGCAGCUUUGGCCUCUACUCUGCCUGGGCUCCCUACAUCAAUUAUGUUGUUUCCUUCUGGGAACAUUUGACUGGUUGCCUCAUUAACGUCCAGCUCAGUAACUGUGCCAGAGAGCCGGUGGGCAGCAGUAAAAUAUUGAAAGCUCUGCAGGAUCUACACAGUAAGCUUGUGAAGUUAUUUAAGCCGUGGAUCUUUCCUCUGGACACUGGUGAUGCUGGUAACAGCAAGUGUUACCCCUGGCUGGAGACAGAUGCAAGUGCUGCAGGAUUUCUGGUUGGCCUUUAUGCUCAACUGGUUGACACGCUUCAUCAAAAAUUCAGAGAUCGUCUCUUACCUGGUCAGAGAGGUGCUCUAAUGCUGUGUAUGAUGCAGUACUGCGAGAGCUGCACCUCACCCCGCACACCUGAGUAUCUGCUAUACCUGUAUCACACACACCUGCGCAGCCUGCCCUGGAGACACCUGCACCCCGACACUCAGCUGAUGGAGCAGCUCUUCAGUGUGGAGAGAGGAAGUCCCAAAAGCUGUUUCCUCUUCAUGGGGCAACUCUUAUGUGAAGUCAACUGGGUCAGUGUCUUAAGUCACUGCUUACAAACAUCUCCCGGCUCUGCCGCAUAUCCAGCCCUUCCACACAUGGAUACGCAGAAGGAGACGCACACCAUGCUGGUCUAUCUGCUGUACAUGCUCGUUUUUCUGGCAAAGGAGGAGCAACUCCUGAGUCAACAGGACUCUCCUCUGCUCAGUCUGCUGGUCCAGUCCACCUCUCUGCCCUGGCACCAGCUCGACCUGUCCUCAUACCAGGGCAUUCUGGGAUAUGUUGGCACCCACUACCCUCCCUCUCUUGUUCUGAGUGCCGACUCUGCUCUCCAGUUGCUGCUGAAAUCACUCCGUAGCGCCGCAGGGCUUCACCCCUGUUCCCCUGAAGCUCCACACCAGGAGGAGACUCUCAAAGCUGGAGCUUAUGUGCGCUGGUGUGUGCAGUCAGUGGUGACACUGGAACAGGGAGGUGGCAUCAACCUGAGCAGUGUGGAGGCUCAGCUGGAGACCCUUCUAGAGAGCAUAGUCACAUUCAACCCACCAGAGGUGGGUUUGGAGCAGAGGCACAUGGCAUUCUGUAGUCUCUUCAGUGACGUGUUGGCUUUGCUCAAUGGAGUGGGCGUCUCCACUGGGGAGGCACUUGCUGCUUAUGUCAUCACCUGGCUGGACAGGAAGGGAAGAGGCUUUCCAAUCCUGCCCCUUCUCACCGCCUGCUCCCGUUGUCUAGCAUCUGUGCGGCACAUGACACGAAUCAUGGAGGCAUGCAUCAAAGCAUACUUCAGCCAUGCUGAGGAGGAAUCUGUGGGUUGGGGUCCUGUGCUGGCAUCGCUGCAGGUCCCUGAGCUCACAGUGGACGACUUCCUCUCUGAGAGCCAAUCGGGGGGCAGCUUCCUCACGCUCUAUGCCUUCAUCUUGCAGCGCCUCAACACUGAAUACACAGCAGCCAAUGAAAAGAGGACCCUGGCCCUCAUAAACACAUGGACGACCCAGGUCUUCCCCAGUGGACCAGGUGACGAAGCCAAGCUUUUCCUUUGGUGGCACAAAGCACUGAACAUAUCUGUGGAGCAGCUGCAGCCACAGGUAUGCCUAACUGAGGUGUCAGGAGUUGUCAUGGGUCUCAUGAGGUUGCAAACCAGGCUUGUCCAGCUGGGAGAAGAGAGACAGAACUCCGGUCUGCUAGGAGCUAUAGGCCUCGGCAAGAGGUCUCCUGUUUCUAAUAGGUUCAGGGUGGUGGUACGCAGUCUGGCAGCAUUCCUGUCUGUCCAAGUGCCGUCAGAGACUGAGAUAAGACUCCAACCCACCACGGAACUGCAGCUCUCUGCAAAAGCACAACAAACUGUGGGGAUAUUGGAGGCCAUGCCCAGCAAUAAGCAGUAUGCUGAGCUAGAGGACUCUGUGAAUAAGGCUGUCCAGUUCAUUCGCUACCCAGGACACUGUCUCAAAGAUGGACCCCGACUGCUGGCACUGCUCGUCAACCUGCUAUACCCGGACCUCAGAUACCUACACAUCAUUCGUUAACUUGGAUUCAACCUGGCCAAGGGUGUUACACUCCUUUUGGGAAAUACAGUGACAGCCCAGAUGUGCCCUGAACCGGCAAAAUCUUGACUGGAGCACAAAGUUUUUAAUUAGUGACGUUGUAAAGAAUAGCCUUUGGUUCUUUUAUCAAAAAGGGCUGAGCAUGACAAGAACAGACAUUGUGAAAAAGGCUUUUUGUAUGACGAUGGCUCAUCAACCAAUUUGAAAUCUAAGAAAUUUUACAGGUUCAUUUUGGACAAUUUUAGCACUUUAAUCUCUUUUUUUAAUGUUUUUGCCUGGUUGCUUUUUAAAUAAUCUGCCUGUUAGGUGUUCUCAUGAAAGGAUGUUGCAUAUAUUUAUUGAAGCAUAAAUCAGAACUGGUUGCAGAUUUCCUGCAUAUAUAAUCUGGCAUCAAAAGGUGAAAGUUCAUCUGAUUAUCUGUUGGAAAUUGAAGGAUAGGUGUAUUAUGUAUAAAAAUGUUGUAGUACCUUCUUAAAAUGACUACAUUGCUCAUUGCCUGAUACAAUUGUUUCUGAUGAAGUUCGAAUCACAAACGCCUCAGUCCUUGGUACUGUUCUCACACCAGUGAAAACAGGGUACGAAGUGAUCAUGUUGAGAAACUGAAUAUUUGCCACUAUUAUUCAUGUUUGAAGUGCUCUCAUUGUUUUUGCCAAAGAGAUGUUAUUUUCAUCUGCUUAAUUUCCUUAAACCCUCUGAACCCUGUGCUCUGGUUGCUUCAUCUGACUCUGUUGUGUACAGACCGCAGUCUGGAAAAAAAUAUCAUACUCUGAUGCAUCAAGUACCACUUGUAAUGUUCAACACAAUGUGGCUUCCUUAUAAAGUAGUGUGUGCCCUGUUAUUCACAAUCACAUGGCUAAUGCUGCAGGUAUUUCUCAGAGAGAGAGAGGGAUGUAAUGCUGUUGGAGCUUUUGUAUACCUAUACAGUCAUAAGAAUACAUUUAGAUUUUUCAAAUUGGACCAAUUAUACAUUCAGGACAGUAUUCACAUUUAAUUACUCUCAACAUUUCACCACUUCUGUUGCUCUGUGCCACCCCAACAGCAGUCCAACUGCAGCCUGAAGCUUGCAACCGUUGUUACGUGGGGACUGUUAAUGUUAAAAACCUUCUUUUUUUUUUUUUUUAAUGAGUCACUGAUCUGGAAUGGGUCGGUAGGUUUGCUGCAGAAAGGGAGCUACAAAGCCAAGCUCUGUACAAUGGAGAUAAAAUAAGUUAAUAAAGAAUUUGAGUGAGUGUC